AUUAGAUGGGAGGUAAAGUAACUACAGUAGAGUAAAAGAGUCAGGUUUCUGAAGGAAUAAAAAAGGAAAAUAGUUCAUAAUAGACUGCCAGAUUGAACAAUUAUAGUUUUAUUAGUCAAAAGAAUGUGUAAUUAUGAUGUUUAAUUAGUUCAGAAAGAUAACUACAAUCACAGAGUAAGGAGUUAAUAAUUUAACUCAAUAUAAUGAGAGAGAUUCUUAAAUUAGCAAUUAAGUUCAAUCUCAAGAUAGUAAAUAUUAUUCUACACAAUAAGGUUCCCAUAGAAUUUAAGAGUAGCAAGUCUAAGAGAAUGAUGGUGUAAACCAAGUUUAGAAUAACGAUUAAAAUUAUAACAAAACUUCGCUUUUUGAAGGAGGUGAAUGUAUGGGUGAAGCCCCAGUGUUUAAUGGGGAAAAUACAAAAACAAACUAAAGCACAUUGUCUGGUAUCAAAGAGCAUUAUUACCCUUGGCUAAUAGACAGGUUGGAAUAAUUUGGGUAAUAUGUACCUCCAGAAAAAUUUGAAGAUUUAGAAUCAAUAAAGGUAAAUACUACAGAUCUACCUGAUAAAUCAAAAUACGAGGGAUUUAUGAAGAAUGGAAAAAUGCAUGGUUAUGGAACUAAUUUAUUAGAAAAAGAAUUAUUUGAAGGCAGUUUUUAAAAUGGGAUAAGGAAAGGAUGGGGAAGAAGCAUAACUGAAGACUCUUUAAUAGUAUACUGAUUAAUGAUUAUAAUAGUCUGGAUUUUGGGAGAAUGGAAAAGUAGAGAAAAUGAUGGAAAUGUAGACACCAGAUCUGUACUAUAAAGGAGAAUGCAAGAAAUAGAUCCCAAAUGGAUAGGGAGAAUUAAAAAAACCUACCUUAUAUUAUAAAGGGGAGUUUCUUAAUGGAAGAAUGCAUGGAAAAGGAGUAUUAGAAGAUAAUUAAAAAAAAAUAAAAUAUGAAGGGGAAUUUGCUUUGGAUAAAUAUCAUGGAAAUGGAACUUAUUUUUUUUCCAGUGGUAAAAAAUAUGUUGGACAAUUUAAGAAUUCAUAGUUCAAUGGUUCAGGUGAGUUGUUUUCGCCCAACAAUAUUUAUUACAAAGGUAAUUAAAUUAAUUAAAGUUAGGUCAAUUUGUAGAUGGCUUAUUUGAUGGUUGGGGAUACCAUAUAGAUUAGGAACAGACAAUAUAUGAUGGAUAUUGGAAGAAAGGCAAAAAGAAUGGCAAAGGAAAGUUAACUAGUAAAUAAAUAGAAGUGCAAGGAAUUUGGUAAGAUGAUAUCUUUAAAGAGAAUGACUGAUAUUGAUAUAAUUAAAUUUUUUAAAUUAAUGAAAAUAGC